GGAAGGACAUAUUUGAAAGCAACAAGAAUUUUUCGAAGAUUUUAUUUUAUUGACAAAAUUAGAUAGGUAAAACAAAUCCGUACGACUAAAAUUAUAACGCUAGGUUGAGCRGAAAUUGUACAUGUACAAGUUUUUACUUAUAAAAUCAUGGGCUCGCCCAUUUACAACUGGCAAGCGGAGAAGACAAGCGUCAGAGACCGAAUCACUUUCCUCUUCAACAAUGAAAUUCUAAGUGACGUUUAUUUCCUCGUUGGAAAAGGGCCCCAACGACGAAGAAUACCAGCACACAAGUUCAUUCUAUCUGUUGGUAGUGCUGUAUUUGAUGCUAUGUUUAAUGGUGGCAUUGCAACACAAUCAGACGAAGUUGAACUUCCUGACGUUGAACCUUCAGCCUUCCUGGCUUUGCUUCGCUUUCUGUACACAGACGAUGUACAAAUAGGRCCCGAAACAGUAAUGACGACUCUUUACACCGCCAAAAAGUACGCUGUUCCUACCCUCGAGAAAGCUUGUGUUGAUUUUUUGAAGACAAACCUUAGUCCUGAUAAUGCUUUYAUGUUAUUAAGCCAAGCGAGGUUGUUCGACGAACCUCAGCUAGCUGCGCUGUGUUUAGACUGUAUUGAUAAAAACACGGCRGAGGCCAUUAAUGCCGAAGGCUUCACAGACAUUGAUUAUGACACUCUUAACGUGGUGCUUCAAAGAGAUACCCUAAAUAUUCGAGAAAGUCAGCUUUUUACAGCCGUGGCUCGAUGGGCCGAAUACGAAUGUCAAAGGAGAAGAAUUCCAACCACUGCGGACAACAAAAGGACAGUACUGUCAAAAGCGCUAUUCCAAAUACGCUUCCCUCUGAUGACMGUYGAAGAGUUUGCAGCRUCCACACUGCAGUCCAAUGUCUUAACAGACAAAGAAAUGGUUUCACUCUUCCGUCACUUUACUCUUAACCCAAAGCCAACUGUAGACUUUCUUGAUAAGCCACGCUGCUGUCUGACAGGACGAGAAAAAGUCAUCAAUCGGUUUAGUAAAGUGGAGUGUCGCUGGGGUUACAGUGGGACCAGCGAUCGAAUCAGGUUUACGUGCAGCCAUAGAAUCUUUGUUGUUGGAUUAGGUAUGUAUGGUUCUAUUAACGGCCCCAGUGAUUUCCAAGUCACUAUUCAGYUAAUAGAAUCAGAGACAGCAAAAGUUUGCGGCACWAAUGAUACGGCCUUCAACUGYGAUGGCUCCGAGAGCACWUUCCGMGUGAUGUUUAAGGAUCCAGUAGAGGUUCUUCCAAAUGUAAGCUACACAGCRAAUGCAACAUUGAGAGGUCCCGACUCACAUUAUGGUACUGGYGGACAAAAGCGUGUGGUGCAYGAUCUUGAYGGGAGAGARAAAAUUGUAUUCAAUUUUUAUUAUGCAACAGGGAACAAUAAUGGUACAUCAGUGGAAGACGGCCAGAUUCCUGAAAUUAUAUUCUACACAUGAUAGUGUUAGAGGGCCKUGGUCAACUAGUGUCCCUUACAACUUUUUCUUAUGCAAAAUGCAAAAUAAAAAUUCCUCAUAUAUAAGUAAAAAUUCACUCUAUUGUUGAUUUAUGCUCUUUGAAUGGAAAUAUUUUAAGAUUCUGAAAAUUGACAGAUGGAAAUUGAUUUCAAAAGAAUAUUUCAAAAAACUUGGCUUUCAGCAUAUGAAAAAUCUACCCAAUCUCUUUGAAUGCUGGUUGACCAUGGCUCUUUAGUAGUCUUAAGGUARACUGUACCAAUAGGUAGCAAUAAAAUAGCAUACAAAGUGCACAUUGAUAUUAAACAAUUACUGUAAAAAUGCAAACAAGAAAAUAAUUAAUAUUAGUUGGCCACAAGAAGGCUAGGCAUUGCACAGCCAGGGGUUAGUUAUGAAUAGUGGAAAAUAGUCAGAGAAAAUGGAAAUAGCAAAACCAGGAGAGCCUGAUUAAUUACAAGACAGAAUGAAAGAUCUUUCAAGACUUUAUGAUAAGUAUUUGUGUAGGUUAUGGUACAUCCAAAUACACAAUAAAAGUGAUUAAAUGAAGGGUGGUGCAUUC